AGUCAUUGAACUCCAUACAUCAUGGAGGCUGUCUCCAGCGGUCCACACCCAGCCUCAGGAUUCAUAUCAUCUUUUAAAAGAAGACUCUCUUCCAUCUUGAAGUUCCAAUGGGGUGUAUAUUCCAAACCUUCCCCGGCGAACACACUAGAGGUCUUCAACCUCUUCUGUUUCUGUCUCAUCAUCGGCGCAGCGAUAGGAGGUCUUCUACACGUGUGGAUGGUCUACAAUCUGAACUACCAACCCUUUCCGUCAAUGGUGGUGUCCAGUACCUGGGGCUGUAUAAUAGUCCUGCUGCUGCUCCUCUUACACCCAGUCCGCUGUGUCCUCUCUAUCUCAGUGCCCUCCCUGGGAACCAAACAGGGCAGGAAGAUCCUCAUCUCCACCGCCCUGGUUAUCGUGGUGACCAGCUGCAUCCCCAACAUGACCAGGAACUUGAGCCGCUCCGUUGACAUGAUCAAGUGCUCCUCCCACAGCACCGCCGAGAGAAUCCUGGCCUCCACCAGUCAAGUAAGCAGCGCGCUACACGACAUGAAGGAUUUCAUCAAAACCAUACCGAACAUUGUGAACAGCGACCGGUUCUUGAAGAUUGAGCAGAACGUGAAUGUCGAGGAGAUGAAGAGGGGUAUCAGAAACGCCUCGGCCAGACUGAAGGCUGAGUUCAAAGCCAUACAGGAUACUCUGGAGGUCACAGGUCACGUGACCCAGAAAGUCAUCGCCUCCUCCUUCAUCGUGCUGCUGCUGGGGAGCUCUGUCAGUUACCUGGUCAGGUAUCUCACAGACCUAAAGCACGACAAUGUGUGUCAGACGGGCCGGCUACAGGAGUUACUGAGGGCCCGGGGGGUGGAGGAGCUCCCAGAGGCCUACAGGAAGAGGCUGGUGAGGACCAGGGGCUGGAGGAUGACACAGAUUGAGCUGAGACGAUGCCUGUGGGGAGGCACCAUCCUGGGCUUCUACUGCCUGGUAUGUGCCCUGGUCCUAGGGCUCGACCACCUCAUCUACUAUGUCCUGCAGACGUCUCUGAGCUGGACACAGGACAUUCCUGAGGUGAACACUAUCAUCUCACUCCGUCUGAAGAUUACAAUCCUAAUCAUUGGUUUAAUCCGUGAACCUGUGGGAGAAAUGAAUAAAGACUAUCGCUAUGGGAUCCUGCUGUUGCCCCCGGACUGCGUUCGUCCCCUGUCCCCCCCAGACCCGUCUGUCCUCUCCACCACCGUAGCCCUCUUCCUCACCGCCCUGGUCAUGAUUCUGGGAGAGGUGUUCUCCAGGAGGAUCAGGAGGAAGAUCUGCUCGUCCUUCUACAGAGACAGAGAGGAGGAACGAGCCUUGUACCUGCGGGACAAGAUUCUAUUAAAGCUGGAGGAUGAGGGAAAGAUUUCAUAGAUCGGUAAACUGGAAGGAGGAACAGACCAUACACCUCGGGAACAAGAUUCUACUGCAGGCCAAAGAUGACUGGAAAAGAACAAGAUUCUACUGCAGGCCAAAGAUGACUGGAAAAGAACAAGAUUCUACUGCAGGCCAAAGAUGACUGGAAAAGAACAAGAUUCUACUGCAGGCCAAAGAUGACUGGAAACGAACAAGAUCAUCUGCGUUCUAGAUUUUGUAGAUUGGUGUGUCAACAUUUGUGCUGAUCAUCGUUUAGAUCAAUGUCGAUCAAUCAUAUACAAUAAUCAAUUGAUCAAUGAAUCAUAUAUAUUAAUCAAUCAGAUAUAUUAUUAAAUCAAUCAAUCAUAUACUGUACA